CAAUGCGUACAUGUACUCGGGAGAGGUUACGAACCAGAUCGAUGCUCUAACUGGUGUCCUAUCAUCCAUUCCUGAAGAGCUUUUCCACGAGAUCGAGCUCGAGGUCCACAAUGCGGAAGGUGCGGCGACUAACAAACAGCGUCUCGAGGUAAUCAAGGAGCAGCAAGAGCUCAUUGAUGAAGAAAAUGAGCAAAACGAGGAGAGCGAAAACGUGGGCAUGGCUACGCCUAGAGACGUGGACAACAUUGACGAGCACGACGAGCGGCAGAUGCGUGCUGAAGCUGAGGCGGAGGAGAAGGGACUUGAUAAGUCCCAAGUGCCUGAGAUGGUGCAGGCUGAGGUGGAGUCUAUCAAGGCGCCACUUCAUGCCGCCAAGGUGAGCAAGGACGGCGACAAAUAG